AUGGAAACUUCUUCUCAACCACCAACAGCCGAUGCUAAUCAAACCGAAGAAAGACCCCAUCGAAGACGAAAUCAUACCCAUCGUCGUCGUAAACCACGUACAGAUAACACGACAAAAGAAGAAAAAGAAGAUCGACCCAAAAAGAGAGAACCCUUGAAGGGGUUCAAGAAGGACAAAUUGAAUAAGAAUCAAGAUAGUGAAGAAGUAUGCUUUAUUUGUACAGAGCCUAUUGAUUACUAUGCAGUUGCACCCUGUGAUCAUCGUACUUGCCACAUGUGUACUCUUCGACUAAGAGUGCUCUACCACACCAAAAACUGUGCUUACUGCAAGGCAGAAGCAAAACGAGUGGUAUUUACGAACGAGAGUGAGAAACCAUAUGAGGAAUAUAAGCGAGAGGAUACGCCAUUUUAUGACAGAAAGUACGGAAUCAGAUUUGAAACUGAGGAAAUGUUUAGAGAUACACAAGUGAUUCUUCAAUACAAUUGUCCAGACGAACAAUGUGAAGCCGCAUUCAGUCAGUUGCAUGAGCUCAAAAAGCAUGUCAAACAAGUUCAUGAGCGAAUACUUUGUGACCUCUGUCUACGCAACAAAAAGAUCUUCUCGCAUGAACAUACCAUGUACACAAACUCUCAGCUCCAAAAACAUCAUCGAGAAGGGGACGCUUCGUUCAACCAGGAAGAUGAGUCUGGGUUUACAGGACAUCCAGAAUGUGUCUUUUGCAGAACGCGAUUUUAUGGAUCGGAUGAAUUAUUUGAGCAUUGCCGUGAUAAGCAUGAACAGUGUCAUCUUUGUGUUAGAAAUGGGGUGCAGCAUCAGUACUAUGCUAAUUAUGAAAGUUUGGAAAAACAUUUUCAAAGUGACCAUUACCUUUGUAUGUACAAGGAAUGUUUGAAUAACAAGUUUGUUGUCUUUGACACAGAUAUUGACUUGAAAGCACAUGAACAAACAAGCAGUAAGAUCAGAUUAAUAGAAGAUGAUUUCCCAAGCAUCAAUGGUAGCACCACAGCUGUGCCAUUAGUCACCCAUAGAAUGCAGUCUCUUCAGCUCAUUGGCCGAGAAGAAUGGCCAAGUCUUGGUGAAGGUAGAUCCUCACCUUCAUCUUCGGCCACCACUCCCGAGCCGAGCAAACCGACGAUUAUAUCACGCCAAGCAGCUGCCUUAGACCGAGUAGCUGAUACUCUUAGAAACUUAGAUAAAAUGCUACAAUUUAGAAAGUAUAUCAAUCAAUAUACAAAAGAAAUGACAUUGACAAGCGAGGCCUUUGUUGAUUCUGUACAUGAGCUUUGUAACAAAGAUAUGAAGUUGACUAGUAAAGUGCUAGAACAUACAAAAGACAUGAUCGAUCAUGACCUACAAAAAGCAGAUUUGGAGCGUGUCUGGAACCAUAAAAAGAACCCGAGUGCAGCACCUCAAGUACUCACAGUGAACCCAAGGAAACCCAAGGUAUCCAAUAAAGGUGUAUGGGGUAAAGUAGCCUUAGCAGCAAGAGACGCCGGUGCAUUCCCACCCUUGCCAACCACUCGAUUGACUCAACCUUCACCAUGGAGUUCAUCAGCAGCGAGUUCGCGUACAGGAUCAGAACAAAAUCUGCAGGACCUUUUUCCAGCACUACCCACAUCUUCAACACAUUCAUCUAGAAGAGCCGAUAUUAACGCUAUGCUUCGAAAAAAGAAUGAUAACCGUUGGAGCAACGAGCCUUAUUCUUCUACGCUAAGCACAGACACAGACUCACAAGAUGAAAGUGAUAGUAAACAAAAGAAGAAAAAGAAAGGAAAACAGGUUUUAUUCCGUGUUGGUUUAUAA